GGGGAGCGAGUCAUCCUGCACGUCGACAUGGACUGCUUCUUCGCGUCGGUGGCGGCGCUCGGUAGGCCGGAGCUCGCGGGUUUACCCGUCGCGGUGUCCUGGUCGUCCGCGGGGGGCGGCGAGCUCUCCAGCUGCAACUACCUCGCGCGGAACGCCGGGUGCAGAGCGGGCAUGCGCAUCGCUCGAGCUAAGGAACUUUGCCCGAAUCUCAUCGUCAUGCCGUAUGAGUUUGAGAGGUACUCGGCGGUGGCCAUCGACGUGUAUCGGACCCUGCACGAGCUCAGCCCGCACGUCAUGGGGGUAUCCGUGGACGAGGCGUACGUCGACGUCACCGGGCUGGCGGCGUGUGGUCGGAAAACGCCGAGGGAAAUCGCCGAGGAUGUUCGAGCGAAGAUCUUCGCCAAGACGGGAUGCGUCGCGAGCGUGGGGUCGGGACCCAAUCGGCUCAUAGCGAGGCUCGCCACCAAACGAGCCAAGCCCGACGGUUCGCAUCACGUCCCGGCGUCCAACGCGUCCUCGUUCCUCGCGUCGAUGCCCGUCGCGGAGCUCCCCGGGGUUGGGCGGGGUACGCUCGAGAAGCUUCGAAGGGAAGGGAUCGGUUCUAUGGUUGGUGCUGUCGGACCAAUGGGUACGGCGGGCAACCCGACGUGCGCGGACGUCGCCGCCGCGCCGCUCUCGGUUCUGCGGCGCGCUCUGGGGCCCAAGGCGGGGGCGCAGCUCAGGGACGCGUCACGGGGGAUCGACGCUCGCGCGUGGGAGGCGAGACCCCCGCGCAAGUCGGUGGGGGCGCAGGUGACGUGGGGGGUUCGUUUCGAGGAGGCGGCGGAGGCUGUCGCGUUCGUGGAGAAGCUGUGCGCGGAGGUUAGCGAGCGCAUGCGACGGCUGCGGGUCAAGGGACGGACGCUGACGCUCAAGAUC